CGUUCCCGAGCUUUCUGACCUGCCUGUGCCAUGGUUGGCUCAGCUUUCCCUUUAUUGCCUUUGGCACUCGGGGGCCUGGCUUUCAAUGUCGAAAGAAGACAUCUGAGGAAGACCACCUGUGAAGCGAAGCCUGUGGUGGUGCUGGGUGGCGGCGUCAUGGGACGCUCCACGGCCUGGAGCCUCUGCCGCAGUGGAAACCAUGUGGUGCUUUUGGACGGUGGUCAUGCAGAGAAGGGCAGUUGGGGAGAGUCCCGAAUCGCGCGAUUGAGCUAUGCCGAUCCUGUCAUGGUGCGGCUUGCCCGCCGUUCCUACGAGCUUUAUGGCACUCUCAGCCAAAAGGCAUCGCAGCCCAUCAUGUACAAGACAGGUUGUCUGGACGUGAGCUGUCGUAAGGACUUGUUGGACAAUUUGGCCAAGACAUAUGAAGAUUUGGGGCAACCAUAUGAACGAUUGAACCACAAGCAGGUGGAGCAGCGCUGGCCAGUGCUACAGCUAACAACCGACUAUGUGCAGGCAUCCGUCUAUUGCCCCGAGGGCGAUGCAGUGGCUCUGGGAGUAGUGAUGGAGACUCUGAAGGAUCAGAUUCACACUCUUGCUGGGCCCGCUGCUUACAUCGACGAGUCGGUUGUGAGUAUUGACCGGCAAAAGAAGACGGUGACCACAGAGGAUGGCACCGUCAUCUCCUAUUCGAAACUGGUCUUAGCUGCUGGCAUUUGGACCAACGGUCUCUUGCAAAAGAUGAAUCUGUCCUUGUUGCCCUUGGUAGCUACCAUCGAGCAAAACACAUACUAUGCUCCAUCAAAAGGUCGGGAGCCGCUUUAUGGCAUCAGCGCAAUGCCAGUGGUAAAAGAACACAUGCCACCCCCAAAUGGGAUGAAGAAAUUUGGAGGCUACAUGAUCCCACACAUGCCCAACGGAGUUGAGGGUGUCAAAUUUGGAAUGCAUCGACAAGGCCCUGUACUGGAGCACGAGGACUUCCCGGUUCUACCUGGAUCUGCAGCAGCGGUGGAGCGGCACUUUCGUUCCGCGCAGACGAGGGGCCGAGACCUUUGGUGCAGGAGGUGGCCUGAAGACGAAGAUUCUUAUUUGCGCUCUGAAACUGACGCCUACUGCAAGCGCAUUUUGCCAUCAUUGCAAGUUCAUCGAUCUGAGCUCACCAUGCGUUGUCCAUAUGACCAACAUCUAUAUGCAGAUGAGGAUUUUGUUGUUGGCUUUCACCCAGACGACCCCGACGUGGUUGUAGUGGCUGGCUUUGCAGGAGAAGGCUUCAAAUUUGCUCCCGCUAUCGGCGAGAUGGCGUCCUCGUUGAUUACAGGCCAAACCUUCGCUGUGCCUGAACUUAUCCAUCGAUUCCGCUUGAACCGUCCGAAUUACUUAAAAUAA